AUGGAUGACUUGACAUGUGAUGGUAAUUCUUCAUGUCUGAACUUCUGUCGGUACCCGACACUAUGCUACAUGGAUCUCAUGUUUGUCAUCGCAAUAACGUUUCUCAUCUUGAUUGGAAAUUUUGGGAACUUAUUUGUCUUUUUGUUGACUCCAUCCUUCCGGAAUGGUCACGGAAUAAUCCUGAUAUCUCUCGCAAUUGCUGAUUUUGGAACUGGUAUUAUAUCAUGUUUCUCCAUCUACCCAAUGGCUACUUUUCUUGUAACGCCAGAGGCUUGGCCAUACGGAGACACGGCGUGUAAACUGACUGCGUAUUUUGGGCAAGUGUUCAUUACAUCAUCGGGGACUACUCUGACUUUCCUUGCCAUUGAACGCUACAUCGCUAUUGUUCACCCUUUCAAAUAUUCCAGGUUUGUCACAAAGAAAGUCACAUUGACUUGUGUGGUAGUCAGCUGGGUUGGUAUUGCUCUGGCGUAUGUGACUACAUUAACUGAUGUUGCUUCUUAUGAGUACGUACCGGCGUUGCAUACAUGCACGAUUGCGUUCCUGGGCGAGCCAGUGCUGAUCGCGUUUGUGUUGUUCGUCAUUUAA